ACUGUGAUUGCGCCAUGUGUUUUUAAAGAUGGCGUCCGCCAGAGCAAGCCCGAGUAACUCAGAGAAGACAGAAAACUCAACAGAAACCGUAUCGAAAAUGGCAACAGAAACAACAGAUGGCUUCCAAAGUGUUAGAUCAAAGAAGGGAAGGAAGAGGAAAAUGGAAGAUGACAAAAUGGAGGCAGAAACUAGUUCCAAAAGACCUAAUUUCCCCCCGUUAAGUGGGGAGAAACUUUUGGAAGGAAGUCAAGAAUUGAGGAAAAUCCCCGUCCCUGCUCAUAGAUACACACCUCUCAAAGAUAACUGGAUGAAGAUCUACUCACCCAUCGUAGAACACCUCAAACUUCAGAUUAGAUUCAACCUAAGAACAAGACAUGUGGAAAUCAAGAGUUCUAAGGAAACAUCAGACGUGGGAGCACUACAGAAGGGCCAGGAUUUUGUCAAGGCAUUCAUUCUAGGUUUUGAAGUAGAGGAUGCCUUGGCGUUGCUUCGGUUAGACGAGUUGUUCUUAGAAACCUUUGAGGUAGCAGACGUGAAACCGUUGAAGGGAGACCAUUUAUCGCGAGCCAUCGGCAGAAUAGCGGGCAAGGGAGGCAAGACAAAGUUCACCAUAGAGAACGUGACUAAGACGCGGAUUGUGCUGGCUGCAAGUAAGAUACACAUCCUAGGAUCCUUCCAGAACAUUAAGAUUGCCAGGACGGCGAUAUGCAACCUCAUCUUAGGAAGCCCUCCAUCUAAGGUCUAUGGUAACAUGCGAGCGGUGGCCAGUCGCAGUGCAGAGAGGUUUUAAAAAGCUGAUGAAAUAGACUAAAUGUGAACUUACUGCCUUAACCCGAACACUCUCAAAUCCUUUACAAUCCACCAUGUUUUUGAAGGAUUUUAGUGGAUUGAGGAAGGUAGGGCCCAGUGAUUAUUAUUUUACAUAAGGCCCGAUUCCCUUGAAAAUACAAGGAAUUUGCCAUUUGGAUUUUGCAGAGUGGUUAAUUUUGGAGGAUUAUGGAAGUUGCAAGUGUUGGACAGAACCUGUUUUUGGAGAAAUAAUUAAACAGACCAUUUUCCAAUUUUCAAAACAGUGCUUUCCUGUUCAGAGGAGCACAGCCCGGAAACCCCGUACAUGUAUAUGGGCAGUGAUGCAAUGAAGUUUAAUAAUUAAUUGCAAAGCUUAAAGAAUACAUGUACAUGAUCUUUUAACUUAUCUUGUAAAGGAAGAAAUUAUGUUAUUGUUGCAUCAUGUAUGGAUAUAUGAAAGAGUGGAAUAAAACUCAAUGAACACCUGA